AUGUUUUGUUGAGAAAUCUGUAUGAGUAUGUCAAAUUAUUGUGUUUCACUGUUAAAAGGCAACGAAAAAAAGACAGUUUUCCGAAGAUUACGUUAAGUUUGGAUUUACCUUCAUAGAAAAAUACUAGUUACAAUUGCCUCAGUUUGUGAUAUGUAUGAAAGUGUUAAGUAAGGAUAGCAUGAGGCCCAAUCGUUUUGAAAGGCAUUUGAAGCAACAAUAUCCUACUCUGGUUUUGAAGACGAAAGAGUUUUUUCUUCUAAAGCAGAAUAACUCAAGCGGAUGAUCGGGAAGUUAUC